AUAAACGUUGGAUCUCCCCGGCGUUCACUUUCGUCGCACCUCAGUUUCCUCUGGUUCCCGCCAUUACGCGGGUGUUCACGUCGUAUUUUCUACAAAUAAUUACGUCGGCAUCAUGACCGACAACCAAUACUCGAGUUAUCAGCAGCAAGGCUACAGCCAAUACAGCCAGCCACCACCGAGUGGUGGACAGGAUACAUCGUAUCCUCCACCAUCUUCUGGUAAUGCAAGCUACAAUCAGUACAGCCAGCCUCCACCCAGCAGUGGUAACUACGGUAACUACAACAACUACAGUACAUCCACUGGUCAGGAUUACAAUCAGGCCCAGGGCCAGGGUGGCUACACCCAGGGAAGCUACGGUGCCUCUGGCAAUCAGAGCAGUGGAGCUGCUGCUGGUGGUGGCAAUAAUUACGGGGGGAGUAAUUACGGAGGGAAUUCAGGGGGUGGAUAUAACCGUGGAGGAUCCUCAGGAGGUUACGGAGGACAAAGUGGAAGUGGUGGUGGCGGUGGCGGUGCUGGACGUUACAGCGACCGUGGGGGUUACGACCGCUCGAGCGGUGGCGGUGGUUACAACAGUGGCGGUGGCCGUGGUGGUUAUAACAAAGGGGGCUUUGGUGACCGGAAUGGCGGCAAUGACGGGAUGGUCGUGCAAGAGGACACUAUUUUCGUUUCUGGAAUGGAUCCAGGAGUCUCUGAGGAGGAGAUUUGCCAGCAUUUUGGGGCGAUUGGAAUUAUUAAAAAUGAUAAACGCACUGGCAAACCCAAGAUUUGGGUGUACAGAGAUAAAAACACUGGGAAGCCGAAGGGGGAGGCAACUGUAACGUACGAUGAUCAGGAUGCGGCACGUUCUGCGAUCGUCUGGUUUGAUGGCAAGGAUUUCAAGGGCUGUACGAUUAAAGUGCAGAUGGCCCAGCACAAGAGCAAUUGGCAAGGGGGACGUGGGGGUGGACGAGGGGGCGGUGCACCCGGUGGGGGCCGCGGGAGGGGAGGUUUCGGUGGUCGCGGGGGUGGAGGUGACAGGGAUGGGGGCGAUCAUCAUCGAGGGGGUGGAGGAGACGACAGGAGAGAUUCUGGAGGUCGUGGUGGUGAUUGGAGAUGCACAAAUCCUGACUGUGGUAACACGAAUUUCGCAUGGCGCGACGAGUGCAAUCUCUGCAAAAGCUCAAAACCAGAAGGUGCAGGAGGUGGCGGCGGUGGUGGUGGCGGUGGCGGCCGUGGGGGUCGAGGUGGAGACAGGGGUGGACGAGGUGGUGGUUUCAGGAAUGAUCGUGGACGUGGGGGUGAUCGGGGAGGCAGAGGAGGUGGUGGAGGAUUCCGUGGGGGCGACAGAGGUGGAAGUGGCGGACGUGGACGUGGAGGGCCCAUGCGUGGAGGUGGAGGACGAGGGGACAGGGACAGGGACCGCCAGCGGCCGUAUUGAACAGACAAUUCUGACUGGCAAUUGUCAAUUGCGCGGACGGAAUGUGUAAAUUUUCUUUUGAUGAUGACACCAGGUUUCGAGGUGUUAACACCACAUCUCCAUUAAUAUUUACUCAAUCACUUUUCAUACGUGAGGGACUAAUGGAUUACACAUGAUUUAUUUCCCCCUUUUUUUUCAUAACGAAUUGUGUAAUGUAUGUGUAAAGACUAGAUUUUAAUAAAGUGAAUCACAUAAUAUAGAAUAAA